AUGGCUUUGGGUGCCGCAUGGCGACUACCGAGGCCGAGAACAAGGUCUCUCUGCAGAAUGGUUCUGGCGGGAGGUCUGAGCAGCUCGGCAGUUCGGGGUAGCCCGUCAUCGUCUCCGCAGCUGCGGCUGGAAGCGACGCGAUGCUGGCUUGACAAGAUUGUCAUUGGCGAGAAGCUAUGCCCGUUUGCCUCGUCUGUGCAGGGGAGCAAGCUUCGACUGGUCGCCAGCCGGGCGCAGGACGCAGAGGCGGUGAUCGAAGAAGUCUCGUCAGAAGCCGCACUGCUGGUUGGACAUGCCGCGAAGAUCGCUGGUCCGAGGCCAGAAACAACUCUGCUCGUGCUGGACGCCUCGUUAAGUUGCGCGGCACAGUGGCAGGACCUCGUUCGUUUGUCAUGGCGUUUGCAGGCAGAAGCCGUUUGCCAACAAGGCUUCCAAGACUUGUUGCAGAUCGUGCUCUUCCACCCGUCGGCGAUGCACAGCAUCUACUCGGAGGGCUUCCCCGACGCAGCCGACUUUACGAUCCGCGCGCCCUUCCCAACCGUUCACCUGCUACGAGCCUUGGAGAUGCCAGUGUGCCGGUGCUCCGCGUGCUCCGCGUGCGCCCUGCGCCGCGCGCCGUGCGAAGCCGAGGAGAGGCCGACGUCCUGA